GGUAAAGGGGUGCUCAUGGUGAUCGGCUAAGACAUGACUCGGAUUGGAUAUAAGGAGGCAAAUUCUAGGCUCCAAGUCACCUGACGGGUUGUUUACUUCUUCUACAUUGGGAAGUAUGGAUCCAUACCGACGCGUAGGGAAGGCACCAGUGAGGGUUGCUGCCUGUGACUUCCUUCGUUGGAUGAGUACAUAUAACCCCUCGCUGACUUGUCUCAUACUUCUCUCCAAGUGCUGUCUCAGACGAAGGCGUUGUUUGUUUGUUUGUUUAUCUAUUGGGAGAUAAGAUACUGCCGGAGUCAUCCUUCUGCGGUCGUCGGAGUUGUAUCAUCACUUUUGACCAUUUUUAUCAUCACUUCCGUUGUUUUCGAAGAGAUCCGUCAAUAUUUCAGAUAUACGUCCUGGUUACUUCACAUAAGUUUACUAUUGGACCUGCACGUGCAGAAUGGCUGCCAGAGUGACUCGAAGCCAGAGUCGGAAGACCUCCACUCCCAACUCUGAGACUCGCCCUCCCUCUUUGUGCAAGAGGAAAAGUGAGCCUGAGGAUUCUAUAUCCUCUGACAAGACACCGCAAAGACCAAACAAAAGGGUCCGCUUCUCUGAUCCUGGCCCUCGGGUCCAGGAACAUGACUAUUCUACGGGUUUGACACCCGCGCUGCUUCGUACCUCGUUUGAGAAUCAAGGGGAUGCAAACCGUAUUACCCGCAGCCCGAGCCGACGGAUGCGGCGGCGCUCUGCUCCUCUAGCACGGUCCCGCUACCCGACAUCUUCGGAGCAAGUGGUGCAGUUUGCGCCCUUGCGGCAGAUCCUGGAUCCUCGCACGAAGCGACGGCUUUGCCGUGUAGGUCUAAGUGAUGAGAUCAAUCACAUAGAGCGCGAGAAACGUGAGACCGCUUACUACGAAAAGACCAUCCAGUCCUUGCUGCGCGAAAGGGAUGCGUUGAAGCAGGAGCUGGAGUCGGCGAAGUAUACCCAAAAUGAGAAUCAAUUCAGGCACAUGGAUGAUGAACCCGUGGCCAUGUCGCCACGCAGCAGAAUCGAACGUCUGGAGGCCGAAAACGGUCGUCUUAGGGAGGAGAUCUCAUUCUCCUCGAUCCAAAAUGGAGAUGAUCAGGAUUCUUUCAGCACGACUGACACAAUCAUCAUCAAUGACAGUGCAUUUGAGGGGGAUACUAUUCUUAUGUCCAACUCGCCUGUCAUCCGUGGCUUAGAUGGAAGUCAUUUCCCAUCCCCGGACAAUAUUUCAAUCUUGCAUAAUCAUAAUACAGCAACCGACGUCGGUACCCAAGCUCAUUUGCCUGAUUACGAACAAGAAGCCGAGAUACGCACUCUCUCACUCGACCUGGAGACUGCCAGGAAAGAGAAAAGGGACCUAUUCAAUGCAAUUCGUGCUCACCCUUCUGCAUUCAAUGGCACCUCUCUUGGUCAGCACCUGCGCCGAUCCUCUCCGCCUCCGGAUUUCCUAGCUCAACUUGUGCCUGCGCUCACCGAGGCUGUCAGUCGUGCCUCAGACGCUGUCGGCGCUCUGAAUUCAGCUGCGGAAGAACUCUCAAGUAUUGGGUUUUCCGGUACUACUAUAAACGACAUCAUCUCCGAGAUGCGCCAUCGCUUCCGUUCGGCGCGUCUCGGUCUGGAGCGCGCAGUACCUGGAGAAACAGCCAAUGCGGGUCUGGAUGAUGGAAGUGCCACAUUGGCCGCGCUGGUCAACCGGGUAGAGCUGUUGGUAAAGGACCUGGACGAGGAGCGUCAUUCCCACCAGGGCUCGUUAGGUCGUGAAAAAGCCCUGCGUGGCCAAUUCGACACCCUUUUGACUCGGUACGAGGUCGCAACAAAGAAGAUUCAGGAUCUGGAAGAGUCGAGGGCAGCUUCCGCCAGCGAUAUGCUGCAUACGAGAAUGCGAUUGCAGGAGCUCGAACGCGAAGGAGAAGAGCAACUCGUUAGCAUUGACAGGUUGAAUGCAGCACUUAGCAAGUAUUGUGAGGAGGUCAAAGGGCUCGAGAUCCUUGUGAGUCAACUUGAGGCGGAUAAGACCGUUUCCCAAGAGCAGCACAGCCAGCAUGUGUCCCAACUUGAGGAGAGAUUGGCUCGUGAGAAAGAGUCACGUUCUGCAGCCGAGUCUGCUGUUGCUGAGAGGGAAGAACGGAUUCGUCAACUCGAGGGGACAGUGGAGACGAAUCAGAUCCGCGUGUGCGACCUUACUGCGAAGCGGCGGGAAGCUAUCGAAAGUUUAGAACAAAAGAUAGCCGAGCAGGUCGAACAUCAUGAAAAUGAGGUCGGUCUUUUGAAUGUUCGGGCUGCCAAGUCAGAAGCAGAAAAGCUGCUUCGAAGCAACAUAGGGCUGCAGGAGCAGCUGCAACAAGAAAUGGAGGCCAGGGACAACCUGCUGGACAGAUGGGCUGCGGAUCAAGCCCGGUCAUUUGCUUUUAUGAAAGAAACCGCGAAAAUCCGUGCCGCGAAUUGGGAAAUAAAGUCAGAUGAUCUUCAAUCAGACGUCAGUAUGACCAGGGGUAAGAAUAGAAGGCGACUUGACAGCGGCAUUGGCAUUUUGACCGAAGAAGAUAUUGUGAAUGAAGGCGAGGACGACGCUGAUCUCCCCAUGGGCGUUAAUCAUCUGCCGUCCGAUCCAGCAGAACUAUGAGCGUUGGGAUUUCGUUUGUAUCAUCAUAUGUUGGCUGGCUGGUUCUUGCUAUCUUGGUUAAAUCACAGUUCUAGACUGAUUUUGGAAUAGCUUUGUGUACGCUAAAUGUGGCUAUCAUUGAGAUAUUGGUUCGAUUGGAGACUGGGU